AUGACUCUAGUGUCCAGUGUGCAAUGUCCAGUGUCCAGUUCCCAGUGUCCAGAGUCAAGUGUCCAGUGUCCAGAGUCAAGUGUCGAGUGUCCAGAGUCAAGUGUCCAGUGUCCAGAGUCAAGUGUCCAGUGUCCAGAGUCAAGUGUCGAGUGUCCAGAGUCAAGUGUCCAGUGUCCAGAGUCAAGUGUCGAGUGUCCAGAGUCAAGUGUCCAGUGUCCAGAGUCAAGUGUCGAGUGUCCAGAGUCAAGUGUCCAGUGUCCAGAGUCAAGUGUCCAGUGUCCAGAGUCAAGUGUCGAGUGUCCAGAGUCAAGUGUCCAGUGUCCAGAGUCAAGUGUCGAGUGUCCAGAGUCAAGUGUCCAGUGUCCAGAGUCAAGUGUCCAGUGUCCAGUGUCCAGUUCCCAGUGUCCAGAGUCAAGUGUCCAGUGUCCAGAGUCAAGUGUCGAGUGUCCAGAGUCAAGUGUCCAGUGUCCAGAGUCAAGUGUCCAGUGUCCAGAGUCAAGUGUCGAGUGUCCAGAGUCAAGUGUCCAGUGUCCAGAGUCAAGUGUCGAGUGUCCAGAGUCAAGUGUCCAGUGUCCAGAGUCAAGUGUCCAGUGUCCAGAGUCAAGUGUCCAGUGUUCAGAGUCAAGUGUCCAGAGUCCAGUGUCCAGAGUCCAGUGUUCAGAGUCCAGUGUUCAGAGUCCAGUGCCCAGAGUCCAGUUUCCAGUGUCCAGUGUCUCUCUGGGUGGGAUGUAA